CGCCUAGCCUCUCCGCUGCAGAGAUUGGGACAGAGUCAAGAGGAGGAAAGGAAUUAUCCAGCGAACAGUCCUUCUGUUUACUCUAACGACCUUAGUAUAGGUAUAUAAAUAUAUUGCAGGCUGUCGUUCAAAACCAUUUCGUCCACACAUAGACAGCAUGCAGUAAUAAGCGAUACACAUUGACUCCGGGUACCGUGCACUGCUGUUGGAAACACGAGAAGAGAAGGAAGGCAGUGGUCUACACUGAACUGUAUAAAGGCAAUAAAUCCAGUGGCCACAGUCAUGGCAGAUAUAGGCCUACACCACUCAGUUAGAUUGGGCUGUGGCUCCUGAAAUAUUACAGUUCUCAUUCUGCUUUAAAAUGUGAUACAGGAAGCCUAGAAGAGAAAAUCGACAAUUUCCCCCCAUUGCCCGGGUUCAUACCCCUGAAGCCAUGCUUCUACCAAGACUUCAACGAGAUUCCUGAGCAGCACCGCACCAUGGCCAAGCGCCUGUAUCACCUCUGGAUGUUGAACAGCAUCACUCUGGCAAUGAAUCUGAUUGGCUGCCUGGCAUGGAUGUGUGGCGGAGGAGGAGCUGGCAAUUUCGGAAUGGCUAUUCUGUGGCUCAUCCUUUUCACUCCCUGCUCCUAUGUGUGCUGGUUUAGGCCCAUUUACAAAGCUUUCAAGUCAGACAGCUCCUUUAAUUUCAUGGCCUUUUUCUUCGUUUUCAUGGCUCAGACGGUAAUCAGCAUCAUCCAGGCUGUUGGUAUCCCAGGCUGGGGGGUCUGCGGAUGGAUAGCGACGAUCUCGUUUUUCGGCACUAAUGCUGUCUCUGCAGUGUUCAUGUUGAUCCCAACUAUAAUGUUCACAGCUGUUGCUGUCAUCUCCUUUAUAGCUCUCACUAAGGUGCACAACUUCUACCGCGGCUCUGGGGGCAGCAUGAGCAAGGCCCAGGAUGAGUGGGCCACGGGGGCCUGGAAGAACCCUCAUGUGCAGCAGGCAGCACAGAACGCAGCCAUGGGGGCGGCACAGGGGGCUAUGGUACCACCACCUGGGGAGGCACAGUACUCCUCCACCCCCAACUACUCCUAUGAGAACCAGAUGUAGGCUCUGAAGAGGGAGGGAGGGGUGAGAAAGCACAGCACAGGGCAAGCUUGUACAGAGUCCAGACAGAGUCCAGAACCUACCCACAACCAACAAUUAAAUUUCCUCCUACGCUGCCUGCUGGGUGAGGCUGGACGGGAGCAGCAGCUUCUCACCCACGCCUUCUCCUGGUUUAGGCUAGUAUCAGUAUCCCAGGUGGGAACACAACAGGGGGUGACACCAGCACCAGCCUGGCACAUAGUUCUGGUUCAGAAUUAUAAAAUACUAAAAGAUAGUUAAGUGAAAUGACAAACGUUUCA